CACACUCGACGAUCACUUACCAGCUGUCGCUUGGUAUGGACGGUCGGGUUUAACUGCACUGUUGCCUUCUGCAAAUCAGCUCCACGCAUCCACAAAAACCAGAACCGGGCAUCAACAAAGAUACGAAGCGAACGAACUGCCAAAAACAGGAAAACCCCCAGACUUCGUGGAUAGUCGGAAAAGCUCGCUCUGUACUUUCGGGUGGCACGAAAGCUUCCGGCUUUGGUUUGCAACCAACGAGGGAAAGUGUCGUGUCGGUGAAGUUUGUUUGUCUAUCGCAUCAGUCUCACUGUUACAUCGCUGGCGAACCUAAGCGUGCUUCAGUGCAGUUCGUUCGCUUGCACAAGGCGGAAGUUGCUACACAUUGCAGUGGAACUGUUUGCAAGUGCCAUUCCCAAACUGUCCCCCCCAUACGGUACCAUUGUGUGCAGUGCUUGUAAGUGUGUAAAUGUGAAUUUUGUUUGUGUUUUUUUGCUUCGAUGCCAGUGAUAAAUUAACUCCCAGGGUUGGAAUAUAGUGAGUGGUAAGGAUUGCUAAAGACGACGUGAGGGUCGUUUAUCGUUCCCGGUGUGCUUUUUGCCCCCCCCCCCCCCCUUCCCAUACGUGACGUACUGUCGUGUGCAAGGUGGAACCGUACAGCUGUUAGUGUAGUGGAGAGUAAAUAUUUACAUCCAUCCUAAACGGCGCAAGAACGUCCACUUUGUGGAAACUUGUGCAGAAGAUGUUCAAUAUUGGGUCAGCUUAAAUCACGGUUGGAAAGUGUCUGUGUUUUUUUUUUGUUUUCUUGUUUGUGGUGCGGUUUUUGCAAGUAAAAUCAAUCUCUGUUUUAAGCCAUACAUACUACCCCUGUCUGCAAGGUGAUGAUGUAACCAGAACCAGUAGUGCAUUUGGUCAAGCGAUGUGUAAAGUGCGAUGAAGUGAAAUGUAGCAAAUAGUGGAAUGGAUCUCGUGUAACCAAACUUGAACCUAAACCGUGCAAUUGCAUUAUUGAACAACUUUGUCACUUCAUUCACUUACUGGACGACUGAGGGCUCGGUGUACUUCUACGCCCUGCUGGAUCAACUUCAAGGAAACAGCUGUUAAACUAGUGCUGACCCAUCCGGGGUCGGUCUCUAAAUUGGACCUUCAGAUCAACGCAAGAAGUGGAGUGUGAAGACACCCGGACCAGUACCGGAAGCAACGUUUGCCGGCUUGGCUUGACGGAAACCAUUGGUGGCAGCGUUUGAAGCGAGAAGUAUUCCACUCAUCGCAAUACCGAUAGCCAGUGUAUCCCUUUGGGACAUUCCAUCGAGUGUUUUUCAUCGUCAGAAUUCCCACCGUCCGGCACGAUGGUGUUCGUCAGCUCGGCUGUGCUCGGUGCAGCCGCCGGUACCGGUUUGGCCUUGCUGGUCGCUGUCACAAUCGUCAUGUACCGGUACUACGUGGUACGCCGAAAGGGUAAGGAAUGGGCCGAGCUGGACCGACUGGAAGAGAAAAAGGCAGCCCGGAAGAUCAAUCUGCAGGACUGUAACGUGACGAGCGGUUCCGUACCGAUUCAACCAGCCAGCAGCGUCGUUCAUCAUUCAAUUAGCUCGGAGACGCUGGGCACGGGUGCAGUCGAAGUAACGCCCAGCCCACUUCAGCCGACACUGUCCGCUACGGGUUCGACGAAAAAAUCAUACGGCACGAGCGACACACGCACGGGACCCGGUUGUCGACCGGCUCAUGCGGCGGCCUCGACCGCCUCACGUAACAACAGCAUGGAGAGUGUUCAUUCGAGAAGUUCGAGCUACCGGGAAAGUGUGCCUAAAUUCAUGACACACGCUAACAGUGACACUCGCUCGACUACUUCUGAUAAUCUAAUCCUUAGGAAAUCCCGAUCACCAAGUCCGAUGCGUACGUUCAGCCUGGAGGGACGCUUUCCUAUCGGUGGCCCGAGUAAUCACAGUGCUGCUGCAGUACUUGCCGACGGUACGGAACGGGGUAGCAAAGCCAGUCUAGCAUCCGUCGUCAGUGGUGGUAGUCCACGCGAUUUCAGCUCACCCAAGAAACGCAACAGCACCUUCUCGGGCGUCGUGUCACUGGCUGGCGAUGGGAACGUCCCGGACAGUCCCAUUGGUUCCAUCCGUUCCGAUAGCAGCCGUUCGCCCCGACGACGCGUCCCGGUGAUUCUAGCGGCAAACGACAUCCACUCGGUACUUGGACGCUUUCAUCUGCGGUUAAAGUACGACGGCAGCAAGGAAGAGCUGCUGGUACAUUUGGUUGAGGCACAAGAUCUAACUCCGGCUGGAGAUACCGGAUUCCGCGAUCCCUACGUAAAGAUGUACCUGGAGCCGGAUGAGGAGCAGCGAACACAACAGACGGCUGUGCAUCGUACCGAAACGCAUCCGUACUUUGACCAGCAGCUUUCCUUCCCGCUGAAACCUCGCAAUCUCGUCAAGAGCAACUUUGUGCUGCAGCUGUUGGACUAUGAUCGGUUUUCACACGACGAAGUCGUAGGCGAGAUUCGGUUCCUGCUGAACACGUUGGACCUUUCCGGCUGCGAGCUGUGGGGUGAUUUGAUCGCCGUUCGCAAACCCUCCGAAACGACGGCCGAGCUGCUGAUCUCCCUCAGCUACCUUCCCCAGGCCGAGCGGCUCACGGUGGUCGUGAUGAAGGCAAAGAACCUAUCCAUCUCCCAUGAACCAUUCGUUAAGCUAUAUCUGUUGGUAAACGACAAGCGCACGAAAAAACGUAAAACCAGUGCGAUCCGAGCGCUCGACCCAACCAAUCCGAUAUGGAACGAGGCGUUCACGUUCGAGUUGCCCUCGUCCCAGCUGCAGGAUGCCGGCGUGGAGCUGUUCGUAACGUCGAACGAGGCCGAAGGGCAGGAUCUGGGCUGUGGGGUGGGUUUACGCGAAGGUGGCAGCGGUACGCAGCACUGGCAGGAUCUGAUGCAGAACAAUCGUAAACCCAUCGCCAUGUGGCACGUUCUGCGAUAAGACGCACACGCGGAACACAUACGUGUGCUUCAAAACGCACACACAAAUCCACGCUGACUAAAAGCUGUAAACGAAGGAGAAAGGGGAAGGGGUGGAAAAACGAUAAACGAUCCUUUCGGGAGCAGUAAAGAAAGGAUUUGGCGAGAUAAAAGGAAUAGUGCAACGAAAGGAUAUAACACCCGGCAAGAAUGGCAACGUAAACCUUACCAUCCCCCAUAAAACCAUAGAGAUGUAACUAACCUGUGAAGCGAACAAAAAAACAGGAGGGCUCCAACUGACAGAACGGGGCCGCGGAAAUGGUAAGGUAUUAUCAAGGUAGUUUUGUUAUGCGUAUUACAUAUUUCAUGCAUGUAGCAUACAGCUGUUUUGAUGCGAGCAAACAAAAGGUAUCAUUUUUAUCAAUGUGGGUUUGCAUCACUGAAGCGAACAGCAGACGCGCUAUGGCAGCUGUAUGAAGAGUAGAAAAGAAAGAGAGGACGAAUUAUGCCAGCAUCUGGCUGUGGACCUGUAAUGUUUCACGAAUUCGUUGGCUUUUUGUGUUUGCAAAAUUGUAUUCCAUGUCGCAAUGAGUUAAAGAUUGCUUUCGAUAUGAAUUUUUCCAGCCAAAGAUUGCAGAUCAUGUUUCAAAGCUCUUGUCGGAGGGCGAUUUCCAUAUAAUUUUGCACAAAAAAAAAUGUUUCAGUAUUUCGGUAAACAGGACAUAUAACGGAUGGAUCUAGUUAGAAAAUUGCAAAAGAUAAUACCCAAGGUAUGUUUGCUGUUACGCAAAUGUUUCAUUCUUUUCUUUGUUAUUUUCGUUGAUGGUCUUAAGGCCGGGCUACAUUGAUCGUACUCUCUGGUGUAAUUUUGAUUUUCACUAGCGCAUCUGGCGGCGGCUGACCGAAGCAUUUUUCCAAACAAUUUGGAGCCGCUUCAGAAAAUAUGUUAUUUUUCCAUGGUUAUUACCUUGUCUGGACUGGAAAAGCUUUGUAAUUGAUAGAUGAAUAUGUUGUGCAAGUAUUUCAGCCAUUUUCGCAUCAAAAAACGGUGAAAAAACAACUUAAAUUUGAGAUCCGGCACGACUAUUCCCUUGAAGACCAAAAAAAGCUUCCACCAGCCGCCGCCAGAUGCGCUAGUGAAAAUCGAAAUUACACUUGCGAGUACGAUCAAUGUAGCCCGGCCUUUAUACUAAAAAACUGUUUUACAAUUGAUUUUUGCUACUGAUUUCUAAGCAUUCAUUUUUUUUAUUUUUUAACCAAUUCUAAAUAUUAUGUUCUAUAUUUAAGAAACAAAAUCAUAAGAAAAUGACACAGUCCCUUGCAUGGAAUAAGGCUUUGAUUAAAACAGAUAAAAGAAAUUUGUAUUUCGCAUAAGGGGAUGUAGUCAAUAAUGUUUUGGUAAUGUUAAUAAAUGUUUCUUCAAUUAAAAUAUCUCAAAAAUCAUUGAAAACUAUACACAGAAACUAAAAGCCUACACAAUUCAUUGCUCGAAAAAAAUCGUGCAAGGUGUGACUAGAGUUGUUGUGUUUUUUUUUAAAGAUAUGUUAUCAAAUGUUAAUGUCACGGUUUCAAACAUUGAUACAUAUUUCAGUAAUUGUUGAAAACAUAAAGGCCGGGCUACAUUGAUCGUACUCGCACGCGUAAUUUUGAUUUUCACUAGCGCAUCUGGCGGCGGCUGACCGAAGCAUUUUGCCAAACAAUUUGGAGCCGCUCCAGAAAAUACGUUAAUUUUCCAUGUUUUUUACUUAAAUCGGAGGAGAAAAGUUUUGUAAAACGUAGAUACACAUGUCUUGCACGCAUUGCAUCCAUUUUUGCAAUGGAAAACGAUGGAAAUACUACUUAAUUUUGAGAUCCGGCAGGUCCAUUCCCUCGAUGACCAAAAAAGGCUUCCACCAGCCGCCGCCAGAUGCGCUAGUGAAAAUCAAAAUUACGCUUGCGAGUACGAUCAAUGUAGCCCGGCCUUAAUGUUUUUAUAAUCAAACAGCAUAAAGCAGAGUUUUCUAGAUUAUAUCGAGUUCUGUUUUAUUGAGAACAGUUUUACUGAUUUCAUACAACCAUACAAAAAAUUACCUUAAAUACUUGCACAAACACCGUUGUAAAAUGUAGACUGAUGAAAAGUAUGACUUUAUUGAAAUCAAAGGAAAAACAUAAAUAAACGAAAAUGCUACUUAGAAAGCAAAAGACACAUAGAGAUAGUAUAUAUUUAUUCAGCUCAAGUUCAGUACAGAAACGUUUAUGAAAGGCCUCAUAUUAAUGAACGGAACAAUGUUAAAUACACGCAAGAGAAAACGAAAUCGCUUUGCCUAUGAAUGCGGUACAAAUAAAGAGGGGAAAAACCCAAGACCCAUCUAACGAAAAUGGAGCUUAAACGUGGCAGAACAGCAAAGCUUAAAUAAACAAACGAAACCAAGUAUUGUGAGUGUAUGAGCAUAUAUUUAUAUAAAAUAUUUUAAAACAAAUGUCUAAGCUGGAAAGGGUUAGGGAGAACUAAAAAAAACAACAAACUAAGUAACUAAAAAACCAAAAAAAUAAUACAAACGCUUCAACACACAGUAAACUAUAAAUGUUUUAUAUUCCGUACGGAAAACCAUUUGGAAGAUGGAAACCAUAUAAAAGCGAGGAAAUUAGACUAACUUGUACAAGAGUUUGGCGACUGAUGUAAUGAGAUGUAGGAGGACAACAAAAAAAAAGAAAAUUAACGUGAAAACGAAAUGUGUGAGUGUGUGUGUGUCCCAUAUUAUAUUCUACUGUAGUAACGUACAUUUGUACGUAUUCGUAUGAUUAUACAAAAUGGCACUAUUUAUACGUAUAUUGGUACAUAUUAUAAAUAUACAUAUAUAUAUACACAAAACUAAUGGUAUGAUAUGAUCAUAGAAAAGAAGAACAAACUGCGAUCGGUGUCUGUAUCAAAUACGGAACUGGGUCAUAGAAUUACGUGUACCAAUCACACUUAGGAUGCAGCUAUUUUUGUGAACCAGCACUAAAUUACUCCCUGUUCAUCAAUAGAGACAAACAAACAUAGAAAACACACAUAAGGUGGAUAACUAUACAUAAAGAACUAUCAAUUGUACCUUCUGCCGCACACUGAACGUAGCUUCCAUAUAGACAAACACAACUAAAUAAGUUGGCAAAUUCACCUCAACAAAUUAACACACGAAACAGAAAUUGAAUCCCAACCUCAAAGGAUUUGUUUGAAUGCUCAUAGAUCCUUGCUAGAAGUAAAUGGUGGUACUGUAAUUAAAUAAUCAAUUACAACACUCAAACAACCCUGCUUGGGCGGGGGGCAACGUGUGUCAGUGGUUUCGUCUCAUUCCAUCAUAUCAGAAAACCCCCGAAAUCGUCCUAAAACGUGUACACACUGCUCCCCCUCCUCCCAAAAAUAAAAAAAAACUCUAAAUAUAAUUGUAUUAGACGUCUAUUUAUCACCCGACCCGACAUCUAAUCCAAUGCAAAGCGUAAAGCUCCUUACAAUGGAAAACCCUCUUGCUCCAUAACUAAUCCUUAAACUGAACUGCUACAGCAACCGACUUGAAGUGUUGAGCUUCAACAGGCUUGUGACUCCUUGGCGGAAAACUUUCGUAUUACGUGCUUGUUCCUAAGAGGGCAUAUUUGCGUUGCGUCAAACACAAUACCCCUAGUAUCUCCAUUCCUACUCGAGCGCACCAUGUUUUCAUGUAAUUGUACUAACAACAGCAACACUACUCUGUGUGGCAAAGCGUGACAAAGCGUAACAUGUACCGAGCAACGAGCAAGUUACAGACAGAGAGGCAAACAAAAGGACUAAAACAAAACAUUAAAAUGGAAAACAAACUGUGUUGUACUGUGUAAUACAUCCGCACGGCGGCGGGGUGAAAAUAUUGGUUUUUAAAUAAAAAAAAGUCAAAAUACA